AACCUGCCGCCGAGUGCGGCGGCGGCGACACCGAGUGGAGGCAAAAUGGCGGCGGCGGCGGCGGCGGGCUGGUGCUAGGGGGAGAGCCAGGUCCCCGCGACCCCCGCGACGGGCCGCGCUGGCCCGCGGCAGCCCCCCGGCGUCUCUCCCCGCCCUGCCCCACCGGGGACACUCGGGGUGCCUGGGACGGGCUCCAGCGCCUCGGCGCCCGCCCUCGGGCCCGUGACCGCUGUCCAGGAGCCCCGCUCUCCCAUGCAGGGUUAAUUAUUUGAUUGUAAAGAAUUUUAACGUUCCUGGGGACUUCUGCAUCGGAUCUUCUUCAGUUUUGCUCAAGAGAAAGCUCUGAAUCUAUCAAGUAGCUCUUAAAGAAGUCCUUUGAGUGGGUUAUAUAUAUAGAUGUUUUCAUGAAGAGGAGUGAAAAGCCAGAGGGAUAUAGACAAAUGAGGCCUAAGACCUUUCCUGCCAGUAACUACACUGGCAGCAGCCGACAAAUGUUGCAAGAAAUUCGGGAAUCCCUUAGGAAUUUAUCCAAACCAUCCGAUGCUGCUAAGGCUGAGCAUAAUAUGAGUAAAAUGUCAACUGAAGAUCCUCGACAAGUCAGAAAUCCACCCAAAUUUGGGACACAUCAUAAAGCCUUGCUGGAAAUUCGAAACUCUCUACAACCAUUUGCAAAUGAAACAAGUCGAAGUACUUCAGAAGUUAAUCCACAAAUGCUUCAAGACUUGCAAGCUGCUGGAUUUGAUGAGGAUAUGGUUAUACAAGCUCUUCAGAAAACUAAUAACAGAAGUAUAGAAGCUGCGAUUGAGUUCAUUAGUAAAAUGAGUUACCAAGAUCCUCGACGGGAACAGAUGGCUGUAGCAGUUGCCAGACCUAUUAAUGCCAGCUUGAAACCAGGGAGUGUGCAACAAUCAAUUAACCGCAAACAAAGCUGGAAAGGUUCUAAAGAAUCCUUAGUCCCUCAGAGACACGGCCCACCACUAGGAGAAAGUGUGGCCUAUCGUUCUGAAAGUCCCAACUCGCAGACAGACGCAGGAAGACCUUUGUCAGGAUCUGGUAUAACAGGAUUUGCUCAAGCUCAUCCUAGCAACGGACAGAGAGUGAACCCUCCACCACCUCCUCAAGUAAGGAGUGUCACUCCUCCACCACCUCCAAGAGGCCAGACUCCCCCUCCAAGAGGUACAACACCACCUCCCCCCUCGUGGGAACCGAACUCUCAAACAAAGCGCUAUUCUGGGAACAUGGAGUACGUCAUUUCUCGAAUCUCUCCCGUUCCACCUGGAACCUGGCAGGAGGGCUAUCCUCCACCUCCUCUGAACACGUCCCCCAUGAAUCCUCCUAAUCAGGGACAGAGAGGCAUGAGUUCUGUUCCUGUUGGCAGACAACCAAUCAUCAUGCAGAGUUCUAACAAAUUUAACUUUCCACCAGGGAGGCCUGGACUUCAGAAUGGUAGUGGUCAAACUGAUUUUAUGAUACACCAAAAUGUUGUCCCUGCUGGAGCUGUGAAUCGGCAGCCACCCCCUCCGUAUCCUCUAACCCCAACUAAUGGACAAAGCCCUUCUGCUUUACAAACAGUGGGAUCUCCUGCUCCUUCAUCAUAUACAAAUGGAAAUAUUCCUCAAUCCAUGAUGGUGCCAAACAGAAACAGUCAUAACAUGGAACUUUAUAACAUUAAUGUACCUGGACUGCAAACGACUUGGCCUCAGUCAUCUUCUGCUCCAGCCCAGUCGUCCCCAAGCAGUGGGCAUGAAAUCCCUGCAUGGCAACCUAACAUACCAGUGAGGUCAAAUUCUUUUAAUAACCCAUUAGGAAAUAGAACAAGUCAUUCUGCUAAUUCUCAGCCUUCAGCUACAACAGUCACUGCUAUUACACCAGCUCCUAUUCAACAGCCUGUGAAAAGUAUACGUGUGUUAAAACCAGAGCUCCAGACUGCCUUAGCACCAACACACCCUUCUUGGGUACCACAGCCAAUCCAAACUGUUCAACCGAGUCCUUUUCCUGAGGGGGCCCCUUCAAAUAUGACUGUUAUGCCUCCUGUUGCUGAAGCUCCCAACUAUCAAGGCCCACCACCACCUUAUCCAAAACACCUGCUCCACCAAAACCCGCCUGUUCCUCCAUAUGAAUCAGUCGGGAAAUCCAGCAAGGAGGAUCAGCCAAGCCUGCCCAAGGAAGAGGAGAGUGAAAAAAGUUAUGAAAAUGUCGAUAGUGGGGAGAAGGAAAAGAAACAGAUCACAACUUCCCCGAUCACCGUAAGGAAAAACAAGAAAGAUGAAGAGCGAAGGGAGUCUCGUAUUCAAAGUUAUUCUCCUCAGGCAUUUAAAUUCUUUAUGGAGCAACAUGUAGAAAAUGUACUCAAAUCUCAUCAGCAACGUCUACAUCGUAAAAAACAAUUAGAGAAUGAAAUGAUGCGGGUUGGAUUAUCUCAAGAUGCCCAGGAUCAAAUGAGAAAGAUGCUUUGCCAAAAAGAGUCUAAUUAUAUCCGUCUUAAGAGGGCUAAAAUGGACAAGUCUAUGUUUGUGAAGAUAAAGACACUAGGAAUAGGAGCAUUUGGUGAAGUCUGUCUAGCAAGAAAAGUAGAUACUAAGGCUUUGUAUGCAACAAAAACUCUUCGAAAGAAAGAUGUUCUCCUUCGAAACCAAGUUGCUCACGUUAAAGCUGAGAGAGAUAUCCUGGCCGAAGCUGAUAACGAAUGGGUAGUUCGUCUAUAUUAUUCAUUCCAAGAUAAGGACAAUUUAUACUUUGUAAUGGACUAUAUUCCUGGGGGUGAUAUGAUGAGUCUAUUAAUUAGAAUGGGCAUCUUUCCAGAAAAUCUGGCACGAUUCUACAUAGCAGAACUUACCUGUGCAGUUGAAAGUGUUCAUAAAAUGGGUUUUAUUCAUAGAGAUAUUAAACCUGAUAACAUUUUGAUCGAUCGUGAUGGUCAUAUUAAAUUGACUGACUUCGGCCUCUGCACUGGCUUCAGAUGGACACAUGAUUCUAAGUACUAUCAGAGUGGUGACCAUCCACGGCAAGACAGCAUGGAUUUCAGUAAUGAAUGGGGUGACCCCUCUAACUGUCGAUGUGGAGACAGACUGAAGCCGCUAGAGCGGAGAGCUGCACGCCAGCACCAGCGAUGUCUAGCGCAUUCCUUGGUUGGGACUCCCAAUUAUAUUGCACCUGAAGUGUUGUUACGAACAGGCUAUACCCAGUUAUGUGAUUGGUGGAGUGUUGGUGUAAUUCUUUUUGAAAUGCUGGUGGGACAACCUCCUUUCCUGGCACAAACACCAUUAGAAACACAAAUGAAGGUUAUCAACUGGCAAACAUCUCUUCACAUUCCACCACAAGCUAAACUGAGUCCUGAAGCCUCUGAUCUUAUUAUUAAACUUUGCCGAGGACCAGAAGACCGCUUAGGCAAGAAUGGUGCUGAUGAAAUAAAAGCUCAUCCAUUUUUUAAAACAAUUGAUUUCUCCAGUGACCUGAGACAACAGUCUGCUUCGUACAUUCCUAAAAUCACACAUCCAACCGAUACAUCAAAUUUCGAUCCUGUUGAUCCUGAUAAGUUAUGGAGUGAUGAUAACGAGGAAGAAAAUGUGAAUGACACUCUCAACGGAUGGUAUAAAAACGGAAAGCACCCUGAACAUGCUUUUUAUGAGUUUACCUUUCGGAGGUUUUUUGAUGACAAUGGCUACCCAUAUAAUUAUCCAAAGCCUAUUGAGUAUGAAUACAUUAAUUCACAAGGCUCAGAGCAACAGUCAGAUGAAGAUGAUCAGCACACAGGCUCAGAGAUUAAAAAUCGGGAUCUAGUUUAUGUUUAACCUGCUCGGAAAUAGUUGUGUUGAGGAUUUGCAAAAAGGCCUGAAACACAGGGUCUUUUGAGUCUUUUUGAGAGUAAAAUUAUGCAAAUGUGACAGAGCUAUGUAUGUGUGCUCUGUGUACAAUAUUUUAUGUUCCUAAAUUAUGGGAAAUCCUUUUAAAAUGUUAAUUUAUUCCAGCCUUUUUAAUCAGUAAUUUAGAAAAAAUUUGUUAUAAAGAAAGUAAAUUAUGAACUGAAUAUUAUAAUCAGUUCUUGGUACUUAAAGUACUUAAAAUAAAAAAUAGUGCUUUGUUUAAAAGGAGAAGCCUGGUAUCUAUUUGUACAUAUGCUAAAUAAUUUUAAAAGACAAGAGUUUUUGAAAUGGUUUUGAAAGACAUUUUUAGUUUUAUCUUGCUUUAACCAAAUAUGAAAUAUACCCCACAUUUACAGAGCUCCUUUUUCUCCCUUCAUAAACUUGUUUUUGGUACAGAAUAAGCUAUAGAAAUUAAGCCAUCAUAGUGGUGAGCGUUCGUCGGUUAAUGAUAAUCUGUACAAUUCACAUCUUGGAACUGAGAACUACAGGGUUGAAACAGUAUGUUCAUCAGAAGGAAAAAUAAUGCAGCUUAUCUUUUUUUUUCCCUCUGGAAUAUUUAACCUUCUAGCAUUUAUUUCUCAAGAAUUACUGGCUUAAAAAGAAGCAAAGCACUACCAUUUUUCUUUCCAUCUUGAUAUUUUUAAUGCUGCUUCCAGUUUUAAAAGGGAACAAAACUGCCAUAAAUCAAAAUUUUUAACACUAAAAGCUAAGAUCUCUCAUAUUUUACUUCAGAAUUUUAGAAAAUUUUCCACCAUCCUUGCAGAGAUUAAGUUUCAUAUGAAACUUUGAUUAGAAAUUAUUUGUGGAUACUCACUAGAAAGUACUUUUUCUACAUAGUGACAGUUUUGAUUAUAUCAUCGGGAAUGUUAUAGGUUUUCUCUUUCAGAACAGUGCCACGUAUUGUUAGUGGCAAAGGAAAAUCUGGCUGUUUGGCAAUAUUUUACCUAUGGGCAGAUUAAUUGGUGAAAAAAUUAAUUAUUAUUUAACUGUUAAUUAAGGUGGCCAUUAGUAAUUAGGAAAAGUUACAUAGUGGUUUUAGUGGAAAAUUCAAAUCCUCCUAACUUAUUUAAGGUUAAAUAAUAUGUUUUUCAGCAUGCCUUUAUAUAUAAUGCUUAGAUUUUAAGAAGGACUUGUGGUUUCAUACCAAAAUACAUUUAGCUUAUCUUUUAGGAAGGGGAAAAGGGCUGUAUUCUGACAUCAGUUAAAUUUGUAUUUUAUUUCCUUUUCUUAAGCUCCACUGAUAAGGAAUUGUUCUAUCAAAACUUACUAUUUAUGGGUAAGAGACAUAAAUUUACGGAUUUUCAAACUUUUAGCUUUCUUCACAUAAAAGCUAAUGGAAAUCAUCUAUUAAGUAAAAGUAAAGGCACAGCUGUUCUAGUUGAUUAGGGAGGGCAAAGAAGAUUAGCUCACAUUUCCUACCUUUCUAUAGGUGGCCUUCUCAGAGCUCAGCUUGUAAAUUACCGUGUAACCCAGUGUGUAAUGGUGGGUUUUGGGGGGUCAUUGGUCCUUUUGAGAGUCUGAUGAAAGCUGUGGACUCUCUUUUCAGAAAAAUGCACAUCAACACAUUCCCAUAAAUUAGUCGCAUGCAGUUUUAGGGAUUCUGGACGUGUUGAAACCUGUCACAAAUUCUUGCUUAAGGACUUCAGUCCUAUAAGAACACUGACACAUUAAACUAAGAAUUUUGCUUUAAAUUUACUGAUUAGUACUCAGAUUAGCAUAUCUUGUAUAAACACCGAGAAUUUAUGGUGGAAAAGAUCUGUACCCUGUGAUAAGAUAUCCUUAUGAAUGCCUCUCUCUUGCUGGUACAGCACGAAGACAUUUUAAACAUACCCUUUUGAGGGCACUGAAAUAUAUGUUUGGCUUGAUACAGAAAUAUUUCUGAAUGACUUCUAAUCAGAAUUGUAAGAAAAUGCACUAUAAUGAGAUGGCAGUCUUCACUUCAUGGAACAUUUGAUUAGUCCUGUAAAAUUCUAUGCAAAAGAAAUUAGCUGCAGAACUUUUAGCUCAGCACUCAGAUUUUUAAGAUAGCCCCUUACUCUUCAGGUUUUCUCAGUCAGAUUUAUUUAAAUUUCCAUUUACUUUUACUUCUGGACUAUGGUGCAAUACACUACAAAACCAACUUUGUUGCAUUUAUGUCUAGGAAAACAGGUGCUGUCUCCUCCCCGCCCUCCCCACAAAAUCUCUGUUGCCCUCUUCCUCCAAUGUAACACACACUACAAAUUUUGUAUUCUUUUACAUUCCUCGGACAGUAUAUGAGUUUUUCGUGUUUAUUUGAAGCAGUCUACAAGCCUUUAGUAGCUGAAGUUUUAAUAGUUUGGAUAUACUUUAUUAGCUGUCUUAUUCCCAAACUAUAUCCAGUUCUCCUAGUAUAGAAUCUGGUGCUUCCUGACCAAAAAAGAUGAGAACAGCAUCAAAAUCUGUAUGCUCUCAAUUGAAGUGGAGUGGAAACAUUGGUCGUAAAUGUUUUCUUUUAAAAAUCAUUUUCCCAUUCAUUAAAAAACUUGCUGUCUUUGUUAUACUUACCCCCCCCCUUAUGCAUAUCAAUAGUAUUUAUAAAAUGUGUUCUAUAAUUAUGUAAUUGUAGAUACUGUUAUGUAUUGUCCAGUGACAUCCUAAGGCGGGCCCUAUUGCUGUAUCUUUUCUACCUUAUUUGUAAUAGAAACUAUAGAAUGUAUGACUAAGAAGUCACUUUGAGAUUGACUUUUUAAAAAAGUUAUUACCUUCUGCUGUUGCAAAGUGCAAAACUGUGAGUGGAAAUGUUUAUUCUGACUUAAUAAUAUGUUAGAAAUUAGAGAAUACAGUGGGAGGAUUUUUAGAUAUUGCUGCUGCUGUUACCUAAGGUACUUUAGAAAUUUUUCUUUAAUAAACAAAAAUAAACAAACAUCCCUUUGAUAUUUAAAGUGAAACAUUUAGCCUGUUUGUUUUAAUCUAAAAAAGUAAUUUGGGUCAACAUACCAAUAUUUGUAAAGCGCCUUAAUAUAUCCCUUUGUGGAAGGCACUAUACCACAGUUUACUUUUGUAUUGUGUUGUGUAUAUAAGUAUUUUGUAUUAAAAUUGAAUCAAUACAACACUACAGUUUUAUAGAAUAAUGCUUUGUUAGGAAAAGGAAUUACAGCUUUGCAAUAUAACUAAAUUGUUUUGCAUACUUCUGAAUGUAGUAGAUAUGAAUAAUCAGCCUGUGUUUUUAAUGAAUCUAUUUGUAUUUUCCCAAUCAUUUUCUCUAGUGUAACAUUUGCUGGGAUAAUAAAAAAAAAAAGGCAAAAUUCAAA